AUGGAGUUUUACGUCAAUCGAAGCACCUUCUGGGCCGACCUGCUCGCCACAUUGCCCCUGUUUGCCCAGAUCGGCGUUGCCAUCAGCGGGAACGAGACCUCGGCCCUGCGCUUCAUCUACAUGCUCAGGCUGCUGCGGCUAGUCAGGGUGGCGCGCCUGCUGUCGGGCCUGUCGCGCAGCUCGGUGGGCGGGCCGCUGCAGUUUGUGGCGGCGGCGCUGACGACGCGCACCCUGCUGCUCAUCCACGCCCUCUUCACCCUCUGCGUGCUGGUCAACCUGCUGGGCUCCAUCUGGUGGUAUGUGGCGGCACUGGAGGGGCUGGAGAACUCGUGGGCUGCCGCCAUCACCAAGGAUUACGACCUGCUCACCGCCACCGACCCCCAGCGCUGGCUCGUCUCCUGCUACUUCGCCCUGACCACCAUGGUCACGAUCGGCUAUGGCGACAUCACUCCUACGACCAUCAAGGAGACCGGCGUGACGAUCCUGUUUGAGGUGGUGGGAGUCGGCUUCUUCGGCUACCUCCUGAAUGUGGUCACCACCCUGAUCGCCGCAACCGGCCCCGCCGCCAAGCGCGCCGAGGCGGUGCGGCAGAAGCUGGAGGACGUGGAGGAUGCUAUGGCCCACGUCCAGCUGUCCCACCAGCUUCAGCGCCACAUCCGCCACUACUUCAACACCAGCUGGGGCCCGCCGCCAAGCGUCAGGACGCACCAGGACCUGUUCCGGGAGCUGCCAAUUAAGCUGCGUGAUCGGCUGAUGGCGCAACACGCCCGGCCCCGGCUGGAGGAGGUUGGCUUUUUUCCUCCUGGCAUGCACCACAGGCAGAUGAAGGCGUGCUGCGCCCUGGUGGGCUCUGCCGCGACGCCUGUGGUUCUUCUGGCAGGGCAGCCGCUGGCGGCGGGGUUACCUGAGGUAGAAGGCGCAGGCGACGGCGCCGCACCAGGUGGCACUCCUUUCCUCUUUCUGCUGAACGAAGGCCGCAUGAGCAUGGCAGCCCAGGCCGACGGCGCUGGCGGCAUAUUUGUGGCUCCUGCUGUGCUGGGGCUGGCGGAGCUGUUUGCGGCGGACCCCGCCAUGCAGCCCGCCGUGGCCGACGGCAGCCUGCCCAGCUGGCACCAGGCGGGCGCUGUGGCGCUGACCACCUGCAACCUGGUUCGCCUGGACUGCAGCCAGCUGUACCUGCUGCUGCGCAGCCAGCAGCCCGCCCUGCUGCUGCACCUUGCUGGCAAGGUGCUGGGCUGGCUGGAGGGCGGUGCCCGCGGCACGCCUGGCACCAGCUUCAAGCAGGCACCAGCACCGGGGCCGCAGCAAGAUGGGCAGCAGCAUGAGGGCGGCGCGGCUCGUGAGCUGCUGCGCCAGCUGGUGGCAGCGCUGACGGCACAGGUGCAGGCGGAGGCCAAACCAGCGGACAGCGGCAAGAGCCUGCUGCACCUGGGCCGGCGAUCGCAGCACCUCAGCAGCGCCACCUCCAAAGAGAGCGGCAUGCAGCUGGAUACGGAUGAUGGGGAGCUUGUCGGCGUGGAUGAGGGGCCGCUGCUGCAGGCCAACCCCGUGGGCCUGGUGUGGCACCGUGAGUGA